AUGUCGGAAACUUAUGGCAGCGGAUCACCCCUUACCACAACGUUAGCGCAAACAGUUGCAACUCAAGCGGUCCAUACAACCAAAACACUUCUAACAACAGUUGCAACACACGCGGCCCAGACAACAAAAACACUUCUAACAACAGUUGCAACACACGAAGUCCAGACAACAAAAGCACCUCUGACUACAGUGCCUCCAACAACAACGUCAAGCGACCCUGUUAACCAGGACUGCAACAAGUUCUCAGUUGUCAACGAUUUGUCCCAUGGCCAGCCUGUUGCCAAUGGUAACGCUCCAACGUGUUCGUCGGGAUCGUUUGCUUCGACGGAAGCUUUUGUGUUAAACAAUUGCAAAGUAAGCGCCCCUGACGGGUGGCGUCAAGGAAAGCAGGUUAUGAGUGAUUGCAACUCCAUUCCAACGUAUACCGCAGUUGGGACGUACCUGAAUGGGGUGUAUCCUGUUGGUGCUGGCUUAUCAGGCGUGCUCCUCGAAUGCCUUCCCAGUGGGUUUAAGAUUGCCCUUCAAGUGGACUGCGACCAAGCGCCAGAAGUCCGAACUGUUGAGCAAGGUGGUCUUGGAUUCCUCGACCCCAACUUCUACUACACGAUUGCUUAACACUCAGCUAGACUCAGCUAGACUCGUUUCAUUUUCUUGCAACAUUGCUUUAAAAUAAACAGCACUACAAGAAUAGUCAUUUGCACCACA